UCGCUGAGUUCCUCGGUGUAUAAUGAAACAAACUGGACUGUUAUUGGGAUAAACGGUUUUGUAGAAACAGUAAUUUAAAGGGUGAACGAGUAACUCGGUUAGCUUUAGCUCAGUUAGCCGGCUAGCUUUUCUAGCUAACUCCCCAUUCGGUUAAACAGCGGCUAAUGCUAACAGCUAACGCUAACGGCUAACGCUAACGGCUAACGCUAACGGCUAGCUCCAUUCAGAGUGGUCGGGUGUCAGUUAGCUGCUCUUCAGGCCUCUGCUGCCUUUAACAGAGCGUCUUCCCGUCUGUGUCUCGGUUGGCUGGUUGAACAGAGAGCGAUGGCCGGCCCAGAGCUCCUGCUGGACUCCAGCAUUCGGAUGUGGGUGGUCCUGCCCAUCGUCUUCAUCACCUUCUUCGUCGGGAUCAUCCGUCACUACGUCACCCAGCUCCUCCACAGCGACAAGAAGGUCGACCUGGAGCAGGUUUCUGACAGCCAGGUGCUCCUGCGCAGCCGCAUCCUCAGAGAGAAUGGAAAGUACAUUCCUCGACAGUCUUUCGCCAUGAGGAAACAUUACUUCAAUGACGCAGAGACCGGCUUCUUCAAGACGGUCAAGAGGAAGGUCGUCCCCAAGAACCCCAUGACAGACAGCAGCAUGUUGACAGACAUGAUGAAGGGAAACCUCACCAACGUCCUGCCCAUGAUUGUGAUUGGUGGAUGGAUCAACUGGGCUUUCUCUGGAUUCGUCAUAACCAAGGUGCCGUUCCCUCUGACUCUGAGGUUCAAGCCGAUGUUACAGAGAGGGAUCGACCUGCUGUCGCUGGACGCCUCCUGGGUGAGUUCGGCGUCCUGGUACUUCCUGAAUGUGUUUGGACUGAGGAGCAUGUACAGCCUCAUACUGGGACAGGACAAUGCUGCUGACCAGUCACGGAUCAUGCAGGACCAGAUGACGGGUGCUGCCAUGGCGAUGCCUCCCGACCCCAACAAGGCUUUCAAGAGUGAGUGGGAGGCGCUGGAGAUCGUGGAACACAAGUGGGCAUUGGAGAACGUGGAGGACGAGCUGAUGUCCAGAGACCUUAAUUUUGGAACGUCCUUCAGCCAGGACAUCAAGUCCACCAUGUUCUAGAGACGACGUGGACCCGGGGGCUCUGGAACGUCUGUGAAAGGUUCUAGAACUCUGUCUUCACAAUAGAAUCUGUUCUGAACAUUCUAGAACACCGUGAUAAUUCUAAAGGUCCUGGAACACAGUUUACACAAAUCCUAGAAGUAGAUAAAUUCAGCUGAUCACUGUAUUCGCUACCUCAGGCACUUUAUUCACUUUCUGCCUUUUUAUGAGCCUCCAAAUUCUAAGUGUGUAAAAGUUCUGCACUCCGUGAUGCCUUCAGAUGUUAGACGUGUAGAUUAAUAAUUUAAUGAUGAUUCAGUGUCUUGAGAUUUCAGCUAAUUGCUCACUUAUGAUUGUCAAUAGUAAUUUAGAACAUGGCCCAUGUUUAUAUUAAACAUUCUGAUAAUUUAAAGAAAGUAACUAGGUUUUAAAUAAGCCAGCGCACUAGCUUUUUCCAGAGUUUUCCAACCAAUCUCGUCUUUGUUUGCAAAUGAAGUUGUUGGCGCAGUUGCACGGUUGGUAUACCGUAUAUUAUUUAAAAAAAACUUGCACCUUGAGUUAACUUUUUUUUGUCAAAUGUCAAGAAUGAAUUUUCAUUCAAAUAUUUGCUGUUUUUGUGUAUUCAGUGUUCCAGGAUACAGAUUCUCUAGUUGUUCUAAAGGUUCUAGAACACGUGUUCUAACCCGGCCUUUUAAAUCCUCCUCGCUCUGAAGCGCGGAGCAGACGAGUUAUAGAACGGUUCCCAAAUGUUCCAGAACACCGGGUUUGUUUCAGCAAACCAGCAGAUUCUGCACCAGGUCGUAACAGACGAAUCCUCUCAGGAAGAUGUUUCUCUUGGGGCGCGACGCAGAAAUCGGAAGCGGCGUUUAAAGACGACUGGGACGUUUUAAAUGACGGCAGGCGUUCAUGUUUUCACCCUGCAGGACGGACACUUUGCAUGUACUUUUCUACACUGUGGUCAUCCAGCUGAGCGACUUGAAGUGAGUGCAACGGUUUAAUAAAAGGUGCCAUCACAACUAA